UGCGAGAAGUGCAAACGCUAGUAAACAUAUAUCAAGUAAACUUACCAAGAACUCCGAAGAUUCAGUCUGAUCGCUUCAAGCCAAGUUCGAUGGCUUCUUCUUCUUCGGGUACUCACCAAGUGAAGUAUGAUGUUUUUCUUAGUUUCAGUGGUGAGGACACUCGCAACGGUUUUAUUAGCCAUCUUGAUGUAGCUUUGAGCCGGAGAAAGAUUAAAUAUUUCAUCGAUGAUAAAAUUAGAAGAGGAGAUGAGAUUUCACCAUCACUUUUGAAGGCAAUUGAAGGAUCAAAGAUUUCAAUCGUCAUUUUUUCUAAAGGAUAUGCUUCUUCUAGUUGGUGCCUCGAAGAACUUGUUGCGAUCGUCAAAUGCAGGAGAAUGUACGGUCAGAUUGUGAUACCAGUUUUCUAUCAUGUAGAUCCAUCACAUGUAAGAAAACAAACGGGGACUUUUGGAGAUGCAUUUGCUGGGCAUGAAGUAAGAUUUAGGGAAAGAGAAGAGAUGGUGCAGAGAUGGAGGAAUGCUUUGACGGAAGCAGCCAAUCUAUCUGGCUUCGAUUCAAAUUCCAUCAGGUCUGAAUCAAAACUUAUGGAGACAAUUAGUGAACAUAUUUUGAAGAGAUUGAAUGAUAUGUCAUCUAGUGAUAACAAGAACUUGGUUGGAGUAGCAAUGAAGAUCCAGAAAAUUAAAUCUUUAUUGUUGAAGGGGUCGGAUGAAGUAUGUAAAGUAGGAAUUUGGGGUAUGGGUGGUAUAGGCAAGACUACUCUUGCCAAUGCAGUUUUCAAUGAAAUCUCUAGUCAAUUUGAAGCUUCUUCUUUUAUUCGAAACGUUAGGGAAGCAUCAAAUAAAAAUCAACUAUCUUACUUGCAAAAAGAACUUUUUUCUACAAUAUUAGAGGAUGGACAGCUCAAUAUAGGACUCACAUUCACAAAAGAAAGGCUUGGACAUAAAAAGGUUCUUAUUGUUUUUGAUGAUGUGACGGAUUUGAAACAAAUAAAAGAAUUAAUUGGAGAUCUAGAAUACCUGGGUUCUGAAAGUCGAAUCAUUAUAACUACGAGGGAUAAACAAGUGCUUUAAAAUUGUGGGCUGAAUGAUUCUACCAUAUAUGAGGUUGAAGGAUUAUGUAGUGAUGAAUCUCUUCGACUAUUUAAACAAUAUGCCUUCAAAAGAAAUGAUCAAAUUGAUGAAGUUUAUAUGAAGUUAUCAAAUAGAGUAAUAAGUUAUACACAAGGUUUGCCUUUAGCUCUUGAAGUCUUAGCUUGCUUUCUGCUUGGUAGAGAACAAUUUGAAUGGGAAAGUGCACUGGAUGAAUUAGGAACUGAUAAAAUAAGAGGCCUACACAUUGAUAUGUCUAAAAUGAGAAAGAUAGACUUAAACCCUCAUGCUUUCUCAGACAUGGAUAAUAUAAGAUUCUUGAUAGCAGAUGAAGCAAAAUAUAAUUACAGUAAGGUGUAUGGUUUUGAAGGCCUAGAAUUUGAUUUCACAGAGCUAAGAUGCCUCUCUUGGGAUGCUUACCCCUUCAAGUCGUUGCCGGUGAAAUUUUGUCCGGAGAACCUUGUUGUACUUAAGAUGCACCGUAGCAAACUUAAUCAACUUUGGACUAGUGUCAAGGAUCUUGCUCAUUUAAAAUACAUUAAUCUAAGUUACUCAUAUCAUCUACUUAAAGUCCCAGACCUCUCAAGGGCUCCUAAUCUAGAGAGCUUGAUUUUAGAAGGUUGUACAAGUUUGUUGGAGAUCACUUCUCCAUCUCGGAAUCUCAAUAAACUUGUUCAUUUGAAUCUAAGAAAUUGCAAAAGCCUUAUUAGUCUUCCACUUGGUAUUCAAUCAAAGUCUCUAAGAGAUGUUAUCAUCUCAAACUGCUCUAAGCUCAACACUGCUCCAAGGAUCUCAUGUAAUAUGGAACGAUUGUGUUUGGAUGGAACUGCAAUAAAAGAAUUAUCUUCUUCCAUCGAAAGUCCUUCUAGCCUAGUUGAAUUGAAUCUUAAGGACUGUUUAAGGCUUGAAAGUCUUCCCAGCAGUGUUUGUAAUUUGGAAUCUCUUCAUCACCUUACUCUUUCAGGUUUGUCAAAUCUAAAGUUUGUUUUAGGGAUCCCAUGCAAUAUAAAAGAGUUACAUUUAGAUGGAACUGCUAUAAAAGAAUUAUCUUCGUCAAUUGAGAAUGCAUCCAGUCUAGUAAGAUUGACUCUUAAAGAUUGUUCAAGCCUUGAGAGUCUUCCAGACGGUAUUUGUAAAUUGAAGUCUUUAAGAUAUCUUUGCAUCUCUGGUUGUUCGAAACUUGCCAGAUUGCCUGAAGACAUAGGAAAUUUAAAAAGCUUGGAAGUGCUAGAAGCUAAUGGAGUUACUAUAAGAGAAUUACCUUCGUCUAUUGUACGUUUGGAAAACCUUCAUGAUUUAUCUUUAGAGAGAUUGGAGAGAUGUAACAGUCAAGAGCUGCUGUGUUCGCUAUCCUGUGCUUUCACAGGUUUGCUAUUUUUAAAGAGAUUAAGUUUGAAUCACUGCAAUAUCACAAAAUUACCUGAUAAUAUUGGCCAGUUGUCCUUACUUAGAGAUUUAGAAUUAGCUGGAAAUAGUUUUGAGAGCGUACCAACAAAUAUCGUGAACCUCUCUAACUUAUGGCUCCUUGACAUAAGGUUUUGUAUGAGGCUUCAAUCCUUACCAAAACUUCCUUGUAAGAUACUACAACUAAAGGCAGAGGGUUGCAAAUUGCUGUAAGCAUUAUCAAGUUUGAUAAUUCCAAAUCGUGGAUUGUACAACCGGAGAUUUAGCUUCAUCAACUGCCUAAAUCUGGAUUGGAAUGUUCUCAAAAACGUUUUGAAUGAUGCUUUAUCGGAAAUGUACUCUCUAUGGUUGGAAUUUAGAGAGCGUGGAGUUGGCCUUCCAGACGGUGUCAUGUGUUUCCCUGGAAGUGAAAUUCCAGAUUGGUUUAACAUUCAAAGUUGUGGAUCUUCUAUAGAGCUACCACAAGGUUCAUUCAAUCAUAAGUUUUUGGGUUUAGUCUUUUGU